AAGUUUCGUGGGCAAUGCCAUGCCACCUCGGUCGCGUUUAAAGUCUAGGGGCGACAUUCGCCGAGACGAUGCCAGAAGAUGCGAGAUAUGGAGGCAAGGCGCCGGAGUCGAAGAGCGAUGGUCGUGGCUCGCCCACGUGGGUUGUCCGGCUGCGCGUCCGCCUCCAGCGGAGCAGAUGGUACCACAGCCAGACCGCAGUCUCUGCUCGCCGGGCUCUGCGGAGCACGAUUUUCGUGAGCGUGAUGAUCGUCGCGCUGGUAUUGGCGCUUUUUCUGGUUGACGUUUGGGCAGCGGCCGGUGUGAACAGCAACGCCGCGCCGAACGUACUGCUCACAGGAGUCAUGCUGUUGUUCGCAGUAGAGUGUGUCGGCCUGAGCGCAGUGGAGGCGAUGUUGAUGUCAUUGUUUGUUCCCCUAUCUUCUUUAUCAUGGACAUGUUCGGCACCGUAUCGAUGAUCUACGAUAUCCCCUGGAUGCUCGGCGCGGACGCGACGCGCGCGCAGCAGGACAGCUCGGCCGACGACGACGCGAAGAGGAACCUCAUGGUGCUGCGGGCCCUCCGAGCCACCAAGGUGGCAGCGCGGGCAGGGCGGCUGUCCCGGGUCGUGCGGUUCUUGCGGUUCCUUCCGCUCAUGGGCGGGAGCAAGGAUGCCGAACCCCAGGUUGGCAUCGGCUCGAUGAUCUCUGGCCAGCUCGCGACGCUGCUCGCCUCCAGGGUGGCCGCGCUGACGCUCAUCCUGGUCAUGGCGGUCCCCCUGAUGGACGUCUGGACAUUCCCGCAGACGGAUUACUCCAUGCGGACGUGGGUAGACCGGCUCUCUGCCAACCUGGCGGAGGGAAGAUUGAACGGGACCUUGAGAGAUUUGGAUCUGAUGUCCGAUUUCUACGGGCAGUUCCCUUACGGACCGUACUUGGCGUGCCUCGGGUUCGUAGACGGCGAUUUAUUUCGGUGCAGCGAUGGCGAUAGCGAAGACCUUGCCUCGUGGCACCCGCAGAUCGAGGGACCAUCGCGGAUGGCCUCGGCGCUGCACGUCCACACGGACACUUUCAUGAUCGGCUUCAACAUGCAGGAGCCGGCGACACGGGAGCAACGCCCGAUCAUCGGCAUGAGCAGUGUAAUAUUCAUAUUGUCCAUCAUGGUCUUCAGCGGCCUCGCGCUGUCCAGCACCGUCACCGAGCUCGCGGUGCGGCCCCUCGAGAGCAUGCUGGCAACGGUGCGGCAGAUAGCCGCGACCGUCUUCAACAUGAGCGCGGAGGUUGACGAGGAUGAUCUCGACAGCGCCGACGACGUCAUAGACAUUGACAACGCCAGCGAGAUGAAUCUCCUAGAGAAGGUUGUGAAGAAGCUCGCGAUCAUCACGCAACUGCAUACGGCCGACGCGAUGCCAAGUGCAACGGAGGACCUCAGGGACGAAGACAUCGGCGUCCUAAGCAUGAUGCGUGGCAAGGGCUUCGCAGGGGAGGGGCAGUGGAGCGUGGAGCGGACCCGGGCAAGGCUUCCCACGUCGGGGCUGGCCGCCGAGAGGCUGGAGGACAUAGGCGUCUCCGAGGAGGCGUACUACUCGUGGGCCUUCAAUCCGAUCGGGCUGACUCCGGACCAGCACCUGAGGGUGGCCAAGUUCACCAUCGCCAACUUCAGCGAUCAGGGGUGGACCAUGCUGCAGACGGGGGAGCAGGAGCGCACGCUGUCCCACUUCCUCCUGUCCGUGCAGAUUGGGUACCAGCCCAAAGACAAGGCCCCCUUCCACAACUUCGCGCACGCCGUGGACGUGACGCACGCGGUGGGCCGUGUCAUGCGGAUCACCGGGUCCUCGGACUUCAUAUCCGAGCUGGAACAAUUCUCACUGCUUGUCGCGGCCAUAGCGCACGACGUCGGACACUUCGGCCUCAACAACGGCUUCCUGUCCGAGGUCGGGCACGAGCUGGCGCUGCAGUACAAUGACUUGUCGCCACUAGAAAAUAUGCACUGCGCAAAGCUGUACACGAUCCUAGGAGAUCCGCGGGCGAACGUAUUCGCAGGCCUGUCGAAAGAGGAGCGUCGGCAAGUUCGGAACAUCUGCAUCGAGUCAAUAUUACAUACGGACAUGAUGUUGCACGCCGCCAUGGUGAAGGAGCUGCAGGUGUUGUAUGAGAUGAACCAUGAGGUGUUGGAUGAGAAGCGCGAGAGGGCGAGAUCGGAGGAGGAGAUCGGCGUGCUCACCAAGGCGGAGAACAAGCCUCUGGUUCUGAACGCCAUCCUGCACGCGUGCGACAUCUCCAACCCGUGCAAGGCGUGGGACGUUACCCAGGCUUGGGCCGAGUUGUGCCUGGAGGAGUUCUUCCAGCAAGGAGACAAGGAGAAAGAGCGCGGUGUCCCGGUCCAGUUCCUCAACGACCGGGACAAAUUGAACAGGCCUAACUCGCAGAUCGGCUUCAUAGAGUUCAUGAUCGCUCCCCUGUUCACAGCCAUGGUCCACCUCUGGCCCCCUCUCCACGAGCUCCACGAAAAUCUCAGCGGCAACCUCGAAAAUUGGAGGGACCUGUGGGUGAGGGAGACAAGCCCCAGCGAGGAGGACCUGCGGAAGGUCGAUGCACGCGUGUUGAAGGUCAAGAACAGCCUCCCGAGAACGGCGAUCCCUACCAGCACGCUUCCCCCGAGAGAUCGACGCCCCUCCGCCUGACAGGGAUUGGCGCUGGGGGGUAACGGUCAUGCCCUGUGGUCUCGGCCUGACUCCUCCUGCUCCUUGGCAUGAGGGAAUGGGUCCUGGUGGACCGGCUUCCUGAAUCCCUGGAUUUUCUUUCUCGACGUCGGCAUCCGAAACGAAGUCGACGACGUGAACGUCGUUGGUCACCAUGCCCGUGCAUGCCAGUGCCUGGUUCCACUCCUGUGAUCUGCGCUCGAGCGGAGCUGAUCCGCCGUGCGGGCGAGGCCUCGGCAGCCUGGGCGGGCUGACUUGUUUCUGGGCGGGCCGACCGGUUGGAUGUGUUGAUGUGUUGCUUGCCUCGUUGCAUCGGCUCUGACUUGCAGCGUCUUGCCUCUGCCGCACACGCAUCGCAGUGCCGUGUCACCGAGAUCGCCACCCAGACUUUGGGCGGAUUGUUUUUCCAAUCUGGGUGUAUUCCUCUACAACCAUCAGAGAUCUUA